AUUACGUUUUGCUACGAGAAGGAGACCACGUUUUUGAGAAAAGUGCGUUUGUCAUUUUGUUUUCGCCAUUUUCUUUUGCCUAGCAAGCAAGAUAAUAGGCGGCAGUGUUCUUUUGUGCUGAUACAUUUUACACACACUAUCACACAGCGCAUAAGAUACACACACUGCAAGUUGUGCUACAUUUUUGUGUUGCACGGGGUUGUUGCACGAGUUGUCGCACUGUUGUUUAUGCUCUGUGCGACAUUUGAAUUUUAAUUUGUGCGUCUUCGUUUGCAACUUUUAGUUUUGUGUUGCUUUUAGUUUGAGAACGAUUUUGUAUCUCAGUUUUGUUUUAUUUUGCCAUGUCAGACUCCAAGAUGCCUUUCAACAUCGAGCCUUUCAUCCCGGGCACGGUUCCAUUCUCGCAGUUCCUGGAACAAUUGGAAUGGGUGUUUGCGCAUCACAAAGUGACAGAAGACAAGGACAAGAUGACGUCGUUCAUGGCAGCAUGCAAUCGUGAGGUUUAUAAGGAAAUAAAACGUUUGUUUCCAAGUAAGGACCUCAAACAGCUUACGUUCAAGGAAAUCACCGACGCCUUGUUGAAGCGCUACGAUAAGCAGGUUGCCGGUUUUAUCCAGCGGUUCCAAUUUUACAACCGCAAGCAAGGGCUGUACGAAUCGGCGGAAGAUUUUAUUCUGGAUGUCAAACAGCACGCGGAGCUGUGUGAUUUUGGUGCUUUUAAGGACGUUGCGAUCCGCGACAGGCUGAUCUGUGGGAUGGCUGACUCCGUGUUGCAGGAGAACAUGUUUGACGAGGAUGAUUUGUCUCUUGCCCGAGUCGAGAAGUUGAUUAUGAACCGUGAAGCCAACAACGCGAGGAAGAAGCUGAUUUCUGGUGAAUCGAGGCGCGCAAGUGUGUUGAAUCGACUGGGUCGACGUGAUGGUGCCGCCCCGGAUAACAGGAAUCGAUCUCGCAGCAGAGGACGCGAUCUGCGGGGACGGAGUCGGAGUCGUUCUGGUUCGUUUGACCGCAGAAAGCGUGAAGCAUCUAAGAAAAAGUUUUUCUGUACGUUUUGCCGUCGUAAUGGCCACUCCAGAUCUUACUGCUACGAUUUGCCCAAGAACAAGAAGCAUGUGAAGUUUGUUGAUGAGCAGCCAGCAGCGAAGCAGCAGUCGGCUAGUCAACAAAAACAAUCGCGCGACAAGUUUAACCGGUCGUUUACUGAUGAUGAGUGCGACAUGCAGUGUUUAAGCAUCGCAUCGGUAAACAAAGUCAACGAGCCGUGUUUUAGAAAGGUUGUUGUUGCAGGAUUGUUGUUGUCGAUGGAGGUUGACUGUGGUGCGGCUGUCUCGGUGGUUUGCUGGUCUACUUACAGCCAGAUGUUUAACCACAUUCCGUUAGAGAAGUGUAAUAAGAAGCUCGCGGUUAUCAACGGCAGUAGUUUGAAGGUCGAGGGACAGUUUUCUGUCCUGGUGGAAUUAAACGGCAAACGACAGACAGUUUCUCUGAUUGUUUUGAGAAGUUUCAACGAGUUUGUACCUCUGUUAGGUCGUGAUUGGCUGGACGUUUUCUUCCCUGGAUGGCGCAACACGUUUGGAGAUACCUGCCAGGUGAAUCAACUAGCGAUUGCGGCGGACCAAGUUUUAGCUGAUGUUGAAAAUAUCCCUCGCUGGUCGUACGUAUCUCGCUCACCGCAACCAGCUGAAAGAAGCGCCGAAGGAGGACAGUCGGCGGAAGUGCGUGUUCACGACACGAAGCGAGCGCCGAGGAUCUAAGAGGGGGAGAGAGCAGUACGGUGAUGCUGAUUACGAAGAUGGAGACGAUAGUUUUUACGGAUUCGCUGCGGAUUCGAGUAUUUUCGCGGACGAUUCGCACGCCAUGGAUGUUGAUGUCGAUCGUGAGGUCGAUUUGGAGUGUGAACGUGCAGAAGAAAUUUCAAGCGAUCGGCGGUCGAGCGUUGAUUCCCAGUUUGAUCAUGAUCCCGUCGAAGGCACAUCCACAAGGCGGCUUCCGGAUCACUUAGUUCCAUCAUUUGAUAAUCGCGUUUUGCGUCGAUCGGCGCGAUCGAAAAGACAUAAGAAAGAUUCAAAUUUUGUCUACUAUUAGGUUUUUUUGAUAUCUUGUUGAAUUGUUGGUUGAAUUGUUUAGAUAUUUUUUCCUAAUAGAGUGCUUUGAUAAGUUGUCAGAUUGUAUGAUAAUUGUUAGGUUUUUUGAUCUCAUCGGAUUAGAGUUGAGUUUUUGAAUAGAUCUUUUUUG